UAUCAAGUGGUAGAACUAAAUGAGACCGUUGGAUCUUAAUCUAACGGGUAUGACAUCAUCAACACAGGACAAAGUGAGAUUACAAAUCAAACUGACAAAUUUCAAACGGCCACUUUUGUUAUUAUUGUUUCCAGAGCAAAGCAAAGUCCAGCAAGCAUCAAGCGGAGGAGGACGAGGAGGAGAUGAUAAAGACACUCAAUGUCGAAACCCCAAUCCUCCUCUCACCACGCUCUCUAUGCUUCACCCAAAUUGAUCAAUCAAAUGUGGCUUCAGUUCACAUCUCCAUAUUUGGAUCAACAACCCCCACUUUUGGCCUUACCCUUUCGCAUUCACUUCAAAAACAGAUCCAAAACUUCUUCUGUGCUAGAAAAAGGAGAAGGAAAAUUGGCUCCCAAAAAACGACAAGAUUCAUGCUCAAUUUAUUGGCCGUCAUCGCUUCCAACCUCAAGAUCUUACCAGAACCCUUGGAUUUGGUUCUUGAAGAAUUCGCCGGCGGAAAUGGAAGUGGUGGGGGUGGAGGGUUAGGGUUCUGGAGGGGUUUUGGAUGGGGAGGUUUUGAUGGGCGGCGGAAGAAACGAAAGAGAAAGCUAUGGUUGUACGGGUUUCUGCUGAUUUGUGGAUUGGGUUUUGUGUUUGGGAGGGAAAUUGAGAGCAAUGCGGUUUGGUGGGGUAUGGGUUUUGGUCCUUUGGGUGUUGCUAUGGUUCAUUUUUGUGAAAAGAAUGGAGGAAUUCAAGGGUGGGUUUUGGGGUGUUUUUGUCUAUGGAGUUUUUUGGUGGGUCUGACUUUUAGGAGAGAAGAGUUGCAAAAAUGGGUCGGCAAGAUAAGCCCUCCAUCUUCAUUGCUAGAGAAUGUAAGAACAGGAGGAAAAAGAAGAAGAAGAAAAACCGGAAGAGCAUUUUAGGAAAAGCUGCUAUUGUGUUUUUCAAACAUGUUUUAUUUUCAUACCUACUAAUACACAAUCACCAUGAAUGAAAUGAUGAUUCCAAUUUUUUCUGUAAUUUUCUUCAUCUGUAUUAAUUCUUCAAUUCAAGAGUAUAUCAACCAAAUUUGAAUAAUUUUAAGUACUAGAAUCGGUAAGUACUAAUAUGGAUUCAUUGCUUCAUUUCACGGUAGCAAUGAAGGAUUUGGUUAGUAACC